AUGGAGGUGUCUGGUGGCAGCAUCGACGCUCUUAGUGACGACAACCUCACCGACAUCCUUGUCCGCCUUGACGCGGUGUCCGUGCUCCGCUGCCGCGCCGUCUGCAAACGCUGGCGCCGCGUGGCCACCGACCUGUCCUUCCUCGCCGCCCACGCCGCCAGCCGCCCGCCCGAGAUGAUCGUCGAAACUGAAUACGGCUUCAUGCGCAGCACCGUCCCUCUCUCUCCAACAGACAUGCCAACGAUCGCUGGCGACGACGACGGGCAUCAUCGCUACCUUUUCGAACCGCGCCCGCUAGCCGCGGACGGGAACGGCAAGAGCGCCGACUUCGAACUGUACGCUUCGCUUGAUGGCCUCCUUGUGCUGAAGCAGUGGCGGUACGACCCUCAGAACCUCUCCACGUUUACUUACGUCAUCUGCAACCCGGUCAGGAGGCAGUGGGCCAACCUACCUGUGCCCGUGCCCCGCCGCGGCGCCACCGACGUCGUCACCUGCGGCUUCUACUUCCACGCCUCGUCCGGCGAGUACCGCCUCCUCCUCCACUGUGUCGUAUUAAGAGAUCGGCGCGGACACGGGGAGCGCUAUUGCUGUGUCGUCUCGGUUGGCAGGGCACUGCCUCGGCGACUGCCUCACGCUCCUCCUUCAGACGAUAAGCGUAUUCCCUACUACGAGAACCCCGUGUCUUACCGCGGGACCCUCCAUUGGUUGUCUGGACACCCCCAAGGCAGCAGCACCGGCAAGAUGCUGGCGUUCGACACGGCUUCCGAGACGUUCCGGCUGAUGCCGCGGCCGCCUGCAGUUCCGGAGCCGACGACGACAGAGACAGAUGCGGCGAUGAGCGAUCUGCUGGAGCUGGACGGAGAGCUCAGCGUCGCGACUAUAUACGGCGCGAAGACGCUGAACAUUUGGGCACUGCAGGACUAUGAGGCAGAGAAGUGGACGCUGCGCCAUCGGCUCAAGGUGCAGCCGCCGCCGCCGCCGCCGCCACGGUCAUUGGGCGGCCGACACCCCACUAUCAUGGGCAAUGCACCCCGUGGGAGCAGCGCCAUACUCGUCGGAUUCCCGCCCACUCGGGCGGUCAUGGCGUACUCUCUUAAUAAAGACAAUAAUAAGGUGGACAAAGAAAUCAAUUUUGGAGGUUUGGUUUCCUUCAAGGUAUUCAGCGAGAGCCUCGUGCCGCAUGCUUUCUUCGACUCGCCUGACACGGUGCCACUAAACUUUUCAAAUCCUCUGUUGAAUGAGAGGAUGGGCAGCGCUGCCUAG